CGGUGCGCACAUCAUAAACCAGAGUUAAUUGGAAAGUGUCCCUCCUGCGGGGUCACUGUGGACUUGGAGACAAUAUCAAGAGGAUUUGACUAAAACAGAGAACUCUCCGUGUAUCAGAGAGCUCCGCUCUUAGAUUACAGAAAACUCUAAGAGGGGAAGUGUGAGGAAACCGUUGGAGAGACGUCCUCUGUUCUGUGGAUGUACAGCGCUGCUGCUGAAAGUCGACUACUCCUGCCCACCACCUCAUGUGCCGCGGGACACGCCAUGGGACAAGGCAACACUGAUGUGAUGGGCUGUUGAUGGAGAAGAUUUCGAAUGUCAGCCGGGACAGUGGUCAUCGCAGGAGGAAUUCUGGCUACAGUCAUCUUACUGACCAUUGUUGCUGUACUGUGUAUAUGUAGGUUACAGUAUUACUGCUGUAAGAGGGAGGAGUCUGAGAAGGGGGAAGAGGAGGAACCAGAGUUUGUCACCAUGUCGCCGUCCCACCCCCUGGCUCUUUGUGCUCCUCCUACACCUCCCACACCAGAGCAUUACAUCAACGAACCUGAGACCUACCCUCCAACCUUUCUCACUGAGGCCAACGGGCCCAUCAGCUACUCCCCAACGCCUCCACCACGCAGGUGCCAGCGCUCACAUGCCUUCUGCCCAUCCUGCGCCCGCUGCUCACUGCCUUUUUACUUGCAGCACCCGGAGAGGCUGUGUGAUGGCAGGCGCAGGAUAAGCUACAGGACUGUGCAGCAGCAGGACCUGGAACUGCCCACAGAUCUGGACAGCCUUUACCAGAAGCUCAACCUCAUCCGCUCUGUCUCCAUGAGGGAGGUGGUGACCCACAGUGUCAGCACUGACGUCUAGGAGUGGGCAGGACAAUGGCAGUGCCACCUUGCUGUCCUGGAGGACACACUGGUGGACAUGCUGCUGUCCUGACAGAAAAAAUCCAGUGCUGUCAGUGGACACAUGAUCUGAAUAUUGUGCUGUGGUUACAGAAGACACUGUAUUGUCCUGUUAAAUAACAUGAGGGCUUCCAUGUGGCAGCCAUGUUGGAGGUCAACAUCUCUAAUAGAAUUUGAAACACACAAAUCUGAUCCUUUUAAUCCUGACUUUUGUGUUUUAGCGUGUAGAGUACCUGACCAGUAUAUUUGUGUGUUGAAUACAAUAAAAUAUGAACCUGCUAAUUAACAAAUUGAGUUUUUCUACUAAAGUUAAGAGAAAUUUUGUUUUUGUUGACUGAAUUCACCACGAGACAGAAAUUAGUGUAAAAAAUAUUUUAAUUCAGAGGUAGGUGUUUAUUUGCCUUCAAGGUUGGGUUGUCUUUUAUGAGACAUAUUCAUAUUUGCAUCAUAAAUGGAAAGAGUUUACACGUUUAAAAUUUUAAGUUAUUUUUGUUGAUGGAUUAUAAGUUAAGUUAAGAAAACCAAAGCAGAAAACAGAGCAACAGAUGGGACUGAGACAUGACCAGACAAACCACACAAACCAAAAUGAACCAACAGAGACGCUGGAGAGCACAGAGACUAAAUACACUGAGGAGGCAGGGACAAUCAAACACAGGUGAGACCAACAAGACACAGGUGAAACACAGUAGGGUGGGACAGACAGUCAGGGAAGGCAGGACAGGAAUCCAGACUGGACAUACAUGGUACACACAUGGAAAAUCUUCAAAAUUGAACAGGAAACAAGGAACUGAAAACCAGACAGAACUAAAAACAUUGGGUAAAGAAAACGGUCCGAGGGUUGUGACAAUUUUAGUUGAAUGGAAUACUUUUAAUUUGUCUGAAGAAAAGUUUACACAUUAUUAUUAUUUACCUUACCUGCACCAUAGUAGCUUUCCACAAUACUAUUGUUGCAACUGUGCGAGCAUAUUGUGUUCAAACCUCCCAUGUCAUAGACACAAGUUCCCGAGACCCUUUUGAAGGCACAAAUACAUUUCUAGAGUGAUGCACUGCACACUAUAUGAUGUAGUCUACACAGUAACACAUUAAUAACCUACAGUGGAGGCUCCUGCUCAAAUAGUAUGAAGAAGGAUCAUCUGGUAGAGGCGCUCAGUGAGGCAACUGUACGACAG